AUGAGCCAGGAGCUGACCGCUGCCCUUGAGGCCUUCGAUGAGCCGAACGGUUCAUGCACCCCAAGCGUCCAACCUGCCAAGGGAAGAGUGCGUAAGGCUGCCAGGAAGGCCAAGGAGGCAUACGAAGCAAAACAGGCCGCAGAGGAUGCAAAGGCAGACAAGAAGAAGUCCCUUGCUGAAGCCAAGAAAGCAGCCGAACAGGCCACGCGCGAAGCAAUGAAAGCUGCUGACCUGGCCGUUCUCUUCCUCACGACAGCGACUCCGGGCAAAUGUGAAGCCAUCGCAUUUGGAAGGACUGUGCUGGGUGCUAGUCUGUGCCCAAUGUUACGAGAGUCGGUCACGAGAAUCUGGGCAUGCAUGGAAAGGCCAAGAUAUGAGCCGGGCAGACGAGCUGAUGCACCAAACAGCAAAAAAGGUACUGUUGCUGUGGUUUCAGACGUCAAUUCUUACAUGCUGCAUUGUCUUACUGCCCGCGUUGCCUUUGCUGCUUCUGCCAAGUCCGACUGCCCGGGGACUUUUUUGCGUCAUCGCAUCCUGGUGCCAGGCCGCGUGGUUCGGCCUGGCAGUGUUCUGCCUUCGGUGUGUCUUACGAACACGCAUCCUCAUCCAUGCGUGUCCGGCCCCAACGGCUUUAACAUGAGAGAUCCAACAGUGAGACUUGUUGUUUUCGUUGCGAUGACUGCUUCAGGCGAUGGGGAGCUCGACACCUGGGCUGCGCAGGGCGACCUGCUCUUGAUCUCCAACCACCCUACACGGUUGGAUUGGAUGUUUCUGUGGGCCCUGGCUUCGGCUCUGGGACGUCUAUCUGGCCUUAAGAUCGUGCUCAAGGACAACCUGAGAGCAGCACCAGGCUUUGGAUGGGCCGUGCAAUGCUUCGCAUACCCGUUCAUGUGCCGGCGGGACCGGGAAGCGGAUCUAAACGUUCUGCGAAGCGUUUGUGCCCAGAGUGGUGGUCGCGGAAAGUUGGCCUUGCUACUGUUCCCCGAGGGUACUGAUCUGAGCAAGUCGAAUCUGGAGAAGAGCCAAAGCUAUGCUCAAAAAGAAGGCUUGCAGAUUUACACCCAGGUGCUCCAUCCACGGACAGCAGGGUUCGUUGCGGCGUGGGAAGCCUUGCAAGAUGCUGCUAAGGAGCUUCAGUCGAAACCUCCGGUGCUGGUUGAUGUGACCAUGGCAUACGUUGCUCCUGUCUCUGCCAACUUGCCAGAUGAGGUGGCUGUCUUUGCUCGUGGUCACAUCCCCCAUGAAGUUCACAUUCGUCUACGGCGGGUGGCGCCGAGCACCUCCAGUUCCUCCAGCGCUUCCGAGCUUUGUUGUCAUCUUUUCGCAGAGAAAGAGGACCUUUUGAACCGAUUUCAUGCACCAUCUGGUGAGGGGGCCAGCACUUCGAAUGCUGGUUUUGGGAAGCCAGACACAGGCGUUUUCGCCUCAGAGAGUUCUGUCUUGCUGGAGGAGGUUGGCGGAGUCAAGAUGAGGCUGUUCCUGAGCCUGCUGGCGGUAAUUUCGUUGGAGGCUUGGGGGUUCGCGCUCCUACAAAUGAUGGGCUGGCUGUGGUCCCUGGUUUCGUUGAUCGUGGCCUGUGCUUGCUUCGUCGUGCUGGGCAAAAUCACGGGUGGCAUCGACAAGGUAAUUCUGCAACAUGCUCAGCAGCAUCCGUCGAGUCAGCACGAUCUCGGAAAGGCGCGUUGA